AAUUAUCGAGUUCCACUAACUAACCUCAACAUGGUCACGUGAUCAAAACUUUGGAACAUGGUGGAAGGGGAGUGUUCUCAAUGCGGUAAACACCCAUGAAUCUGUUUGAAGUACGCCUGUAAAUAUUUCAGCCAAGGUAGAACAAUCCAGAAUGCAUUUUUCAAUUCCAGACACGCAGGAGGUCAAAGAAGAAACUGGUUCUACCUAUACGUCUUACAACAUAUACAUUAAUGGAGUCUUUCACUGCAGUGCUCGCUAUAAACAAAUGCGUCAGCUACAUGACCAGCUGAGGAAGGAUUUUAAAAGUGCAACAUUUCCUCCUUUUCCACCUAAAAAGUUGUUGUCCUUGACACCAGAGGAGGUGGAAGAACGUCGUCUUAUGUUGGAGAGAUACAUACAGCUAGUGAGCCAAGACCAACGCAUGGGAUCCAGCGACAUUUUUAACACGUUUCUGCACACAGCUCAGCAGGAGUCACAGAAGGAAGUGCCAGAGCAUGUGACCUUAGAUGUCUUUCUAAUGAACGGUCACAAAAUAACUGUCAACAUCACAUCUACAGACCAAACUGAUGAUAUUUUGGAGGGGGUGGCUUCACAAAUUGAGAUUCCAAAUGAAUUUGUCUACUAUUUUGGCUUGUUUCUCGUCAAGAAGGAGGACAAGGGAAAUAAUUCAAUCGUUCGCAGGCUACAAGACUUUGAGUCCCCUUACAUCUCAUUGCGAACUGCUAAUAAGAAUGGCGUUCAUCGGAUUGUGCUGAGGAAAGGCUACUGGGAUUCUGCAUAUGAUGAAGACCUAAUGGAGAAUAAAAUCACCAUGAACUUGCUUUACAUUCAGGCUGUGAGUGACCUUGAGAGACAGUGGAUUCUGGCCACAAAGGAACAGCUGAAACAUCUGCAAACAUUACAGCAGAGGGGCUCUAAACGCGAGUACCUUCGUUUUGCACGCACACUGAAGUACUAUGGCUACAUGCAGUUUCAGCCAUGUUUGACUGAUUAUCCCAAUAAUGAUACCCCAGUCAGUGUGGCAGCUGGUGGAAAGGAACUUAAUUUUAGGGUUCACAUUGAAAAUCAAGUCAAAGAAGGCAGCUUCAAAAUCACAAGGAUGAGAUGUUGGAGAAUAACUACAAUUUAUCCAGGUGAAAGGGGGGAUAACGACAGCAGCAGUUCUCCAAAGCUGGAAUUGUCAUUUGAGUACCUUAUGUCUCGGGAUACUCUUCGAUGGAUCACCAUAACCAGUGAUCAGGCUAUGUUGCUGAGCAUGUGUCUUCAAAGUAUGGUUGAUGAACUGAUUAUGAAGAAGCAAGGUCGCAAAUUUAGAAAGCCACAUGAGCGACAUCACCACAAAGGGCAGAAGGCAGGAAAAACGUUUUCAGCAGGGACUAGCGAUUCAUCUAACAGUCCCGAGGCCCCACUUUCUCCACUUGAGGUUCCAGAGCGACUGAUACACACAGUCGUUGGGGAGAAAGCAAAGCAAGAUGGGAAAACCAAUGAAAAUGGAGUUACUGAAAAUGAUGCCUUUGAGGGCAUUGGCGAUGACGACCUUUGAGUGGUGUGGACAGCUGCAUAGGAAGGCAGCACAUCAGCCAGGUGACUGGUGGGGAGACAAUCAUGGCAUAAGCUUAUGGGGGUGUUGCUUUGAUAUAGCUCUAUGGCUUGAAAUCUCACUAGUUAUAUUUUUGAACUACUAUACAAUGUUGUUGGUGGUGCUGUUCAAAAUUACUGGUCAAGAUAUACGCUUGCUUGGGAUGUCUUCAGCAAGACUUCAGGGUAGCUGCAAUUAUUACCUGUGGCAAAAGAAAUAAUGUAGUGCUGUGUGUAAGUAGAAUAAUAAAAUCUAUUGUCUUUAGUUCAGAUGCGAUCUGUACUUUCUUUCCGAAAUAUACUGAAGAAAUAAUUGUAUCUUAAGAUAAUUCAGGAAGUCUUCCACUUCAUCAAACCUCUUGGCAUGCUAAACAAGAUUUCACCCUCUCAUGAGACUGUGCCAAGGGCAAGGCUGAAAGCAAAUCCAUUUUCUGCAGCCAUGAGCAGGAACUGGACACAAAACACUAGUCAUUUACAGUAUGCUACUAAGGCGAGUGGACUAAACUGAAAACAUGAAAGCUCAGAAACAGCAGAUAAAUGAUGCUGUGUAGUACCAUACUGAACUGAUUGAUACAGUGGCAGAUUGAUCUGGUGCAUGAUGAUCCACAAUGGUGUUACUGUAGUGGUAGUAGUACUACACAGCUGUCAUCAGUGGAUCAAGUGGUUUGUGGAGCAUUGUUAAUAGUCACCCAUGUUUUAGGUUUUGUCUUCUUCUGCACAGCUGGCAUUAUAUAAUUGUUAAAGUUGUGAUGCUGAUGAUAACUAUCAUCAUUAUUAUAAUUGCUUAAAUCCUAUCUGACCAUUGAAAAAUUUUUGUCAUGUUGAAAGUGUUGAGAAUGUAUGCUAAUUUACUGUUGAAGCUGAACUGAUGCCAGACAUCACAGCACAGAUAUAGUUAUUAAACACAUGUCGGAAUCAGAAUGUAUUUUGUACCAUUUCAUUAUUAACCAGAAGCCUAAGAUUUGAAGCAAGACAAUGGCAAAGGUCUGGAGCUAUGCUAAAACAGUUGUCUCGCCAAUGGAGAACUGUAUGUCUCGCUGUGUGUGAUAAAUUUCAUGGGUUGUUUUAAAUGUAAAAAUGCCAUUACUACGUACUUAUUCAACUGGUUUUGUAACAAAUUAAAAUUUGUAUUUAAAAAAAUCUAUUUAAUAUUUCAAAAGAAAA